AUGAUGGAGCCAGGGGCGAAAUUUGAAAGAGUCACAGAGGAGAGUGAAUGUAUGUGCUCUGAUAUGGGUAAUGAAGACCUCGCUGUGUUUAUUGCCGGAACAAACGAUGUGGCAUGCCAUGUGAAAAUCAGAGCCAAGGUGCGACUGAAGAUCUGUGACUACUACAGACAGGUGUUGUGGGGCGAAGUGGGCACCUACCUCGAGCACAUUCUGCUGUGGUGGGGCAAUGCUCCACUGGGUCCACAGCUACCGCAACACACCAACCGACUGCGCAACUGGCUCAGGAACUUCUUUGCUACAAAACAGUCGCACAAGGUCAACAACUCUGGACAGGGCACCUGGACAGGCGAACUGUUCGGCGAGCUUUUCGCGCAACUCGUGGCUUGGAGUAACUCGUGCGAGGGAAGCAACUGGACACUCGAGGACCUCGAACAACUGCCUCUAGUCGAGCAGAUUCCCGUCCUGCACAGGCUGGACCACUCGGUGCACACAGCGCGUAACUGGGCGGCCUCGCGUGCCCGUCAACUAGCCAACGACUGGAGCAUCGACCAAUUCUUUCGCGUCACUCAGUCCGAUGUAAACCAGGCCUUAAGCAAGCUCAAGGACUCAUGCCAAGUAGAGCUGUUGAGCGUAGAGAGCAGUGUUCACGUGACCGUUUGCUGUAAGAUGAGAGGAAAACUUGUCUCCGAGGUGAAAGCCAACAUCUCAAAACUUGAGAAAGUGCCAGUAGAAUGCGUGGGUGUGCUGGCGAUAGUGUGCCGCACAUUUUGCCUCGCCAAUCUGCGCAUGAUCUUCCCGCCUCCGCUCUACUGGAGGCAGCACGCAGAGGAGCUGCCCCAAUACGCCACCAACUAUGUCGAGGACUAUCUAGAAGUGGUAAUGCGUCCAGUAUUUCUGGCGUCUAGUCCGUUCUCAGUGCAAGUUCAGCAGAAUGUGGCAGGACUUGUGUUGCAUAUCAUGUGCGAGGCAUGGCUGGAUCACAUCACCACACAUCGAAUCAAAUUCAGUGAAUGGGGUGCCCUGCAGCUGUUAACCGAUUUUGGGGCAGUGCCCACAUGGGUGCUGGAGAGGGUGACCGGUCUACAACCGGAAGUGCGCAGACAUCUGCUAAAUCAGGACAUUCUGCGCAGGUGCGAGGGAGUGGGGAGGCUGCUACUGCGCAGGCCUGGCGAGAACAUCGCUAUGGACAAGUUGCCCUCGCGCAAGAUGCAACAAGGUUAGGUUA